CCGAGAUCUUCAGACCCCAAUGUAGUUUCCUCACAAUUAGAGUGCUUGAACUGCAGGAGAAAGCAAGGAAGUGGAAUGAAGUGGCUGGGUUUGGAUUGGAUCGACCCUUUCAUAUGGUUGUUUCAAGAUCAAGGGACCUGGGGACCCGGGUUCACCACCCAACGAAGCGAAUAGACUACAAACCGUCCAGAGCAGCCCUGGACGCCCUGGGAGGCGACCGUUGGAGGAAGAAUCCCCAAUGAGUGGAUUCCCACGAUAGUUGGGAACCAGGGUGGGAGUAGAUGGCGAAUGUUUUUUUUUUAGCAAUCUUUAUUUAUACCACACUAUAGUCCAGGGUUUCACUCCAGGGUGUCUAGGUCUAUGGUUUUUUGUCUUUGGAACCUCUCAGUGGUCAAUAGCUAUGGGUGCAAGGAGUUGAGUAACAGUGAGUCUUGGCACUUUGCUCCAAUCUUCAGAAGUGGUUACCAGCUAUAGUGGUCACUGGAUGCCCAAUUGCGACUUUGUCCGGAACCUUUUUCACGAACUCCACUCCUCUGCCACGAUGGCCCUGCUGCCUGCUCGCGCCAGCCACGAUGGCCCGAGCAUUUCUUCUGGGCGGCCCCUUAGGCAGCAAGCUUCCACCUGCCAGUCCCAUCUGCACGACCGCUGCCUGGUGUCCCCUUCCCGACGCGGCGAGCAUCGUUGGCGUGGGCACGGUGCUGUGGCGACGGGAACCCUCGCAACGUAUGGGUGGCAGAGGUAAGGGCGGUGCCCGCUCCAAGGGCGGCUCCAAGGGAGGCUCCGGUGGGUGCCAGGGGUCCCCCAGGGGCGCGGGUGUUGAAGCGCCAAGGUGCCAGACGAAAGAAACGUGAUUGAAAAGAAUUGAAAAGUUGGGUCUUCUUUGGUUGGCAGAUACUCCCUUGAGUUCCAGCAUUUGGCUGCCUCCAGGAAGGGACCCCAGAAGCCUACGGAUGACCCGAGCUUCGUCCGUUGGUCCAAAGGGAUGCGCUUGGACGGCUACCCACGAGGGGUCACCUACAUUGUGGAGGACUAUGUUGCCAGUGGCUCCUUCAGCCGUGUCUUCCGCGUGCGGGUUGAGACGACCCCGCGAACCGUGGCGCGAAGUCUCGAGGGGGCAAGAAACCGCUGGACGAAGAGCCGUGGGGAGGUCUUUGCGGCCAAAGUCAUGCGCAAGGAGGAUUCCUACAUCCAGUACACCUCCAAUGGCCCCAAAGAGGGUGAGCUCUUACAGCGCUUGGAGUCACAACAACGUCGAUCCCCUGCUGUGGAUCGACCCACAUGUCCUGUUUGCCAUCGACCGGCGAUGGCGAGAUGUCGACCCGGUUCUUCGUUGUGAAGCAGGCUUGGAGCCUCUGACCAUGCGCUGUGUGGACUCCUUUCCCACCAAAGACGAUGUGGGUCAGGAGUAUUGGUGUUUGAUCCUGGAAUGGCUGGAUGCCUCCCUUUUUGACCUGGUGCGCAGCAACGGGAACCGAGGGCUCCAUCUUUCGAUGGUCCGAACCCUGCUGAGGCAGCUUUUAGAACAAUUGAAAGUGCUGCAGGACCUGGACUGCACGCACACGGAUAUCAAGCACAAGAACUGCUGUUUGGUCAGCACCGAACACUACAUGGCGCCCUCUUCGGAUGGGGCCACGAUGAUCUUGAGUGACCCGAUGGCCAAGUUCAUCGAUUACGGCAACGCCGUGUUUGAAGGCGCUCCCAAGCCACAUCCCAUCCACACCAAGCAGUUCCGUGCGCCCGAAGUGCUGCUCAAGGUCCACGGAGGUUGGGGCCCCGCCAGCGAUACCUGGACAUUGGGCGUCACCGGCUGCUUCCUGGUCUCCGGGCAGCUGAUCUUCAACUCCCACGACCCGCAGGAACUCUUGCGGCUCAUGGGCCAAGCCUGUGGAGCCUUCCCUCCUAGGCUGUUGCUGGCAGCAGAGGAUGCCCGCAUGCGCCGCUGUGCAGAGAACAUUCAGGCGCCUCGCCAGCCGCAACUGGCCAGCUGGUUGAACCUGGACCGGAAAGGUCCAGCUGAAGCAGCCUGCGCGGAUCUUCUGUUGAACAUGUUGGCGUUGGACCCUUCGGAACGGAUUAGUGCGUCCGAUGCCUUGUGCCAUCCCUUUCUGGCCGAAAAUGGCGAGGGAGCCAAGGUGCCUGUGCCACCACAGGGCCAACUCCCACUGCGGAGGCUUUAAGGUGGUGAAUGAUGAUCGUUGCUCCUGC